AUGCCUUUGUGGAGGAUGGAACUUCAGACGACACGUAGUCUUAAUUACGGGCUACGAAAUUCUCCAAGAACAAGGUCUGAUAGACAACAAAAUCUAGAGCAAGUCAGAGUCAUCGGACAAACAAACCAAAGCAAGAUGACCUGUAAAGCUAGUCAAGCCAUGCCACAUGACAACCAUAGCAAGCGACACAAGCAACACGACCUCCCAAACCCAACCCGAAUAAACAACACGGCCUCUACACCCAAGCCAGAUAAGCAACACGACCUCCGAACUGACACCUACAAUCGUUUAAGAUUAAAGAGUCCCGCCGACGUAAAGUUGUCACGGGUUCCUGGUGGCGGUGUUGCCUUUGUUCCACUUCGAGCCGCCCCCACCACCAUGCCCUUCAUCGACGACAAUCUUCUUUGGUGUCCCGACAACGACGGCAAAAUGGUCGACCUCUCUUGCCUUGAUCCUGGUGGAGGAAACGCUGCAGACAACAGCGCCACCCCAGGGGGACACAACAAUGACCAAAUGACCCCAAUGGGAAUGGGGGUCAUCGGAGGUCUCGCCUCGUCUCACCCGUCCUCAGCCCCUGAAUGCGGGGACCUGGCCGAACUCUCACAGGCGGACCUCAAGGGACUCGUCGGCGAAAUGACAGAGGAUGAUGAGAUCUUCACAAGCAUCUCUGAUCCUACCAUUGAGUUGGAUAAUAUUUUUGCUGAGAUCCCGCAGGUCGAUGACUCGUUCCUGUCGGGGAAUCCUGUCGGAAACGAGAGAAUGCGAGGGCGGUGCGGGCGGGAGGACGCCAUCCCCGCCACGCCCACAGAUUCGGCCAAGACGCCCUCAGAUCUUCAUUUGAUACAAAUAAAACAGGAGUUGGAGCAGCUGGGAAGUAGCGACGAGGAACCCAUGUCAACCAGCACCCUGGAGGCAGUGUCCAGCACCAGCACCCUGAAUUCAGUCCUCCGCUCGUCGCCUCUCUCUGGCCCCAACCACAAUCACAAUCACCUCAUCUCCCAGCUCAUCAACAAUCCAAUGGCCUCUUCCAAUAGUAAUAACAAUCUUCACAACACAAAUGGCAACCAAUCCUUUGCUAGUUUGCUCAAUGACUCUGAGACAAACGGAGUCGGAAAUGGAUGCUCCAGCACCUCUCUGCUCCAGAAUGCCUUGCAGAACAACUGCUCAGCUAAUGGAUUGAUAGAUGCUCGCCACAUCAAAAGAGAAAAUUCCGUGGCAGCCGCUAAUCCCUUGCUAGCAGAAGCGUGGCCGAUCUCUCAUUGGGCAUUUUGGGAGGACUUGGGACUCCUGUCUUCUCCCUUCGACCGACCGAUGAGCAGUCCGGUCACCAACCAGUCGCCGGCACAAACCCUGCCCGGUCUCCUCGGUCACAUCAAAGUCAAGAAGGAAGUGCUUGACCACCACCACGACUCCUGCAAAG